AUGGGCACCCGCGUCGGCACCGACACGUCCUACCGGGUAAACCCCGAAUUUUACAAGGACCCAUUUAAAUUCGACUUUUAUCGCUACGCCAGAUGGCGCGGCACCGAUAAGGACAGCAUCGCGCACCUGGUUAAUACAUCGCCGCAAAACUUGGGUUUCAGGCACGGCCGACACGCCUGCCCGGGCCGCUUUUUCGCCGCCAACGAGCUUAAAAUUAUCCUUUACCACCUGCUGAUCAAAUACGAUUUUAGGCUGGUCGACGGCUUUUCGUACGCGACCAUGCCGCUGGGGCUUCUGCUAAACGUAAACCCGACCACGAGGUUUAUAAUGCGAAGGCGGAAGGAGGUUGAACUGAGCCUGGAUUCGCUGUAG